UGCUCAACGUCAACAUGGGAAAACAUAGUGCAAAAGUCCAUUAAGUGUUUCGCGAAUUGAGUGAAAAAAAAACAUAAUAAAAUUAUCAUUAAAAAAUCUUGUAAUUAUUGCAACUGGACAACCGUAAAAACUGCAACUCGUCAACUUAAUCACAUUUUGGAUUGUAAUAAAUGCCCAAAAAACAUUAAAGACGCAUUUCAAACUGAUUCAAAUGCGGCAUAACUGUUGCGAAUUUUUGGACAAACCCCCAAAGGGAGGUGGGACUUGUUGCGCACGCUGAAACGAGAGAAAACACAGAAUAUUACCCUCUCGGACUGAUCCACCCGCGUACGGAUGCGUAGUGUUCGUAACAACGUAGCACGUACCUAUAUAUAUAAACGGAAAAGUAGAUUUCACUCUGUACAGUAUCUCCGUUUGUACCAAACUGGUCGCGCUCUGGGGCACAGAGACCAAAUGUAUUGGAACGCAGUGCUUCUAAUGGCCUGGUCUUUGGCCACGGUCUCAGCCAUUUUGGAUUCCACCAAGAGUCAACGUUACUGGGAUGACACGAAACCCGACGAAGCUGGUCGCUAUCCAAACGAUAACAUGCUGAAAACAUAUAUGGCAAGAGGAGGAGGAAAUAAACAUUUCGUUACUUCCGUAUUUCCGGAAAUGGAUGCCAGAGGAUUUCAUGAAUACGUUUUCGAUGGACUACAGCCGGAUUUUCAGUGGCCGUCAAUUAAGUUUAAAAGGAACUAUUAUCCGCAAGGAAUUACGUCCCGAGGGUUCAGCGAUGAUAUUUUUCACCAAAGCUUUGGAAUGUUCGAGCCUUUAAAAAGGUCGGUGUCCAGAACGUCUCCGUCCGUGGCAAACAUGUUGCGGCGCCUGUACCCGAACACCGGCGGCGGCAUCAGACUGCGCCAACCGGAUGAGCACGCCCCGAGAUCGACCGCGGCCAAGCGCCGGCCCGAGAUGGACGCCAACGGGUUCCACGGCGACUCGUUCACCGGCGGUUUCGACCGGUUCGACACGAUGAAGCGCAGGCCCGAAAUGGACGAGACCGGUUUCGAGGGCGACUCGUUCACCGGUUUCGGCGGGUUCGAGACCAUGAAGAGGGACGACGGCAAGAACCCGGCCCGCCCCGCGUCCCCCGCCCACGCCGGUCGGCUGUUCGGCGGGCGACAGGAGUAGCGGCGGCGGCGGCAUUACACCCCACCGUCACUACCCCACCGCCACCCGCAGCAGGAGUACACUCUUCGUCAUUGCAGUCGCCAUCGCCUCCGCCGUCGUCGUUGUCGACGUUUUUUAAUAUAUUAUUACAAAAUAUAUAAUACACGUAUUUAUAGCCAGUAGAAAUUGGAUUCAUAUAUUAUUAUUAUUAUUAUUAUAUAUUAUUAUAAUAUAGAGAGACUUAUAUUAUUACCGUAGGCGGAAAUCGUGUGCACGACUACAAUAUUGCAGCUGUAAUACGAGAGUGGCUAACAUUUUAAAAUACCUAAACAGACUAUUUUCUCGAAACUUAAACAAUAAUGUUACGACUUCAUAAAGCAAAUAACAUUAAAAAAAAAAAAAAUAGUUAUAGUUUUAUGGGUACAAAGUAUGUACUGUUCGUUCUCCCUCUUAUAACAUAUUGUAAUAAUAUUAUCUGUCAAUAAAUACUUAGUUUGGUAACCUACGUUUCUGUCUACGGACAACAUUCAAAAGAAAAUGUCAAUCUUCGGGGGCUUUGCUAGCUUUGAGGAUAUCUAAAUCCACCCUCCAGCACGAUUUCCGCCAAUGCUUAUUACUUUCAUCAUCAUUAAUAUUAUUAUUGCAAUUAUUGAUUGAAACGAUGGACGAUCGGUGUGAUACACGUGCGAUGUUAUACCUAUUAUAAUAUUAUACACAUAGUCUCAUAGAUGUGUAUGAUGUGUCGAUAACUACAAUAUUAUAAACUAAUUUUUGUUCUAAAUUAUAUAAUCUGAAAUAAAUGAGAUAUGUAAACA